UUUCCAACGUCAACGAGGAUCAAAUUCGUGACAACGACCAAAAAACCCAGGGCAGCUCACACACACACCCACACACGAAAGCUCCGACACUCUCUAAGCCCCAGUCAAAAUGGAGAACGAACGCGGUGAACUCGUCGACAUUUACGUCCCACGCAAGUGCUCGGCCACCAACCGCAUCAUCACCGCAAAGGACCAUGCCAGCGUGCAGAUCAGCAUUGCCAAGGUUGAUGAGAACGGCCGCGCGACCGGCGAGACCCAGAUGUACGCCCUGUGCGGCUUCGUGCGGGGAAUGGGCGAGGGCGACGACGCGCUAAACAGGCUGGCACAGAAGGACGGCUUCCUCAAGAACGUGUGGAGCGCGAGCCGCUAAGCGUAGCGGCGCUCGAGCAGGCACUGUUUCGAUGUACGAAGGGUCCGGAGUCCUUGUUUUCCAUCACGGUUUUUUACGCGGACAAUCUGAGCUUUUUGACAAUGCAUUGUCUUGUCUUUUCAUCAUCAUCACGGGGGCUGGGAAACGGAUUACUCGAUAGAGAAAAAGACAAGCGCCCGGUCGUAGCAUGGUCGCUGUUGGCGUGAUGAACGGCUCAGGCAGGAAGAUCGAACAAACCACAGAAGAGAUACGAGAAAAGAACAAAAUUCACGAUCUCAACCCUCCCAAAGAAUAUCGCUUUUGCCUUUUUGCCCUUUGCAAUCGCAAAAAUCUGCCCUAUCCCGUUACUCCUUUCCUGUGACACUUGACCCAACGCGCAUAUUCAAGGCUUCCUCAGGUUCCGCUCCAUAUCUGACGAAGUAAAGUAUUCGACGCAAGAUCGACGGCGUGACCGACCGUCGUGUCGGGAACUUCGCCUCUGAAAGUCUGCGCCGGUUGAGACUCGCGGCCGCGGAACAGAUACGGGCGAUACAGCUUUCAAACCUGUGAGCAUCCUAGCAAAGCAGACUUGCUUGUGAAAUCAGUCCGACAGCUCCGAUAGUGCAAGCAUACGAGAUUUUUUUUUCUGGCUUCUCGAAUUGGCCGUACAGGCUCAUAUAAAAUUACAAUCGUAAAGAAUACAAAGGCACAAUGGGUAUCUCAUAUAUAACGCGCACACAAUGAACAAGCCAGCCG